AAAUCACCGACAGUUGUUAUCCCAGCAUCAACCUUUGUAGAAGCGAAUCAUCAUCGCCCAAAUCAGUAGCGAAGACCAGCCGUCUAAGGAGCAAACAACACUUAAUCCUCUGGAAGACUGACUGUAUAAAGUGAAUAAAUCAAAGACCUUUUUGAAAGCAAUUCAACAUACAUCGACAAUAGCAAAAUGUCCACCACAGCCGACCAAGAAACACAGGUCAUCACUGCAGAUGGGAUGGCCACUCCUGUUGGGAAGAGCAGCAUUGGCAAGGGUAGGAUCGCAGUCGAUAUGGAUGAUGUCCUCUGCCAGACAAACGCUACAAUCGUUCGCAUGCACAAUGAACUCUUCGGGCUUGACCCACCUUUGACCCUUGACGACUUUGAGAAUUACCUCUAUUGGAUGAAUCGUGGUUGGGGGAACCCUGAGGAGACAGUGAGCAUGGUGUCAAAACUCUAUCAGAACGGACUUUACAUGCGCGCUCCGCCUGUACCAGGUGCUAAAGAAGCCCUUCAAAAGCUUAAGGAUAUGGGCUACUGUCUUAUUAUCAUCACAGCUAGAUCCGAGAGUCAGAGAGAAGGGACUGAAGAAUGGAUCAUGGAGUAUCUCCCUGAUAUUUUUGACGAGAUCCACUUUACUGGUGCCUUUCAAGAUCUUGAACCCACCAAGGAGGAACAUGAAGGCCACGCAGCUCGAAAGGCUAUCGUUUCUCACAAGAAGCGCAGUAAAGCUGAAAUCAUCCACAAUACUUCAUCGUUGUUUCUCAUUGACGAUUCUGCGGAGAACGCCUACGACAUUGCUACCUCAUGCUACACCCACCCUCACGCUACCAAAGUCCUCCUUUUCGGCGCUUACCCCUGGAACGCUGUCGUCCGCUCCCCUGAAUCGACCCUUCCCAUCGAGAAAAUGACCUAUGUCGCCAAGAAGGAAAAGGGAUUAUUGGGCGAGAGUGAGAAACUAAGAAACGAGAAGAUUCAAAAAGGAUGGUUACCCGAAGGUGUCGUGCGAGUGAGUGGAUGGAAAGAAGUAGUCAAAUGGGUGGAAGCGUUUGAUAAGAAUGGAGGGGCGGGAGGAAACAGGAUCAAGACUGCAUAGAGUAACGUCAUGAUUUAACUAGACAAUACAUAGCUCCACAACUUCUGUUGUACCUAUAUCCAUACUACAAC